AUGCUCAGCAGUUUCAAGUACACAUUCAGCCAAACCAAGUACGUCGCUCACCGGGCGGCGUGUGGACUGCACGUGAUUGAUGAAGUGAAGCGCUUCCGUGCGCUAGUGUGCACUCUGUUCUGCAGCAUCUGUGUCUCACUUGUGUUCGCUUUCGACCUCUUCAGUGAUCAGUUCCAAAGCCGCUUCAACCUCUCCGAUGGUGAUCUCUCCACGAUCAGCACAGUCGGUGUGGUGCUCUGCUACUUUGUGAUUCCGUAUGGUGUUCUCUACGAUCAUAUCGGCCCACUGCCGCUGUUUGUGAUUGCCGGCGUGACGGGGUUCAUUGGCUGCCUUGGCCUCGGGCUCAUAUUCGACGGCAAAAUCAAGGGCAACACUGCGACCAUCUCGAUCUUCUACGGCUUCAUGAACACGUGCAGUGGCCUCUUCGACGCCGCGUCGAUUGUCACGCUGGUGGAACUCUUUCCACGCAACCGUGGUCCCGUGAUCGGAUUGGCCAAGGUGAUGACGGGUCUUGGCAGCUCCGUCAUCUCCUCCAUCAAUCGCGGCUUCUUCUCCAACAACAUCAGCGGCUUCAUCUACUUCAUCAUGGCCCUCACGGUGCUUGUCUCGGUGGUGGGGAUGCUUCUCAUUGCGCUGCCGCCGUACUUUGUGAACUGGUGGCGCGCCCGCAACAAGACAGGGGAGCAGAUUGCCGCCCUGGCAUCGUUGAAGUCCAUCUACGCGAAGAAGUUCGUUCCGGUGCGCCGCAUUGCGUAUGGCUACGUCAUGGUGAUCUGUCUCGUCAUUUUCUUUGCCACCACAGCCCCAAUACUGGCGUACACGAAGGUGUCAGACGGCGGCAAGGCGGUCAUCGGUGGCAUCACAAUGGUGCUGUGCAUGUCCUUCUGGGUGAUGGCGAUGCCGAUUCCCUGGCUCGGUGGUGUGAACGAGCCUUUGGAGCAGCAGAGCAGCACCUUUGACGAUGCCGAGGGCGAGGUCCUGGCUGUCGAGGGCCGAAAGCCGAAUGGCCUGACUUCCGUGGAGCCACUGGGGACCGGGAACGAGCCUCUCGGCAUAUCUCCCGUCAGCAACGACGAUGCGGCGCGCGACCAGUCCCUUGUUGACGUGGAGGCCGUCGAGGAUGGCCCGCAGGACCCUCGCUACGGUGGCACAAUCUGGGAGACGCUCAUGCGCCCUGACAUUUGGCUCAUCCUCAUUGCAUUUGUCUGCCAGGGUGCCCUUGGCACAAUUGUCACGUACAACGGCAGCACCAUCUACGUUGCCCGCACAGGCCGCCCGCGUACCGCGGAGCUGGGCUCCCUCUACACCGCCUUCAUUGGCGUGGGCAGCGCCGUAGGUCGCAUCUCGAUGGGUCUGUUCGAGGCGUACGUGCAGCACCAGAGCCCGGAGAACCGCAAGGUGCUUGUUACGAUCGCCCUGCCUGUCGCCCCGGCCAUUGCCACAAUUGCCGGUAUUCUGAUCCUUGUGCUUCCUGGUGACGCUCUCCUCUUUCCGUACAUCCUCGUCUACUUCGAGGAGGGCAUCUUCAACGGCGUGCGUGCGCUCAUCUUCCCCUGCAUUUUCGCCGGCCACCACGGGAUCCUGUACAACAUGAGCUUUUGCACCAACGUCAUUGGCGUCAUCUGUUUCAAUCGCUUCCUCUUCGGCCUCAUCGUGGACAAGGAGCGCGAGAAGAUGGGCAACACAGUGGAGCAGGGUUGCACGCUCCGCGCGUGCGUUCAGACACCUAUCAUCGUCGUCACGUGCACGGCGGCCUUAGCGACGGUGCUGGCAACCGUUGUACAUAUUCGCUAUGCGCGCUUCGUGACGCAGUACCGCACGCCUUUGAAGAAGAUGGCUUUGUAG